AUGCAUAAACACUUAAUCGUCGAUGCAAGUAACCACGUAGCAGGAAAACUCGCAUCAAAAAUAGCCAAGCUUCUUCUUGAAGGUCACAAGGUCACUGUUUUAUGCACUGAACGUGCAAUUUUAACUGGACCACUUGACAGAAGUAUCGCCAAAUUUAAGUCAUUUAUGAACAAGAGAUGCAGAGUAAAUCCAAGAAAGGGACCUUUCCAUCAUGUACUCCCUAGCAUGAGAUUCUACAGAAUUAUAAGAGGAAUGAUUCCUUAUAAAUUUUACAAAGGAAAGGAGGCACUUAAAAAUUUAGAAUGCCAUGAAGGAAUACCAAAUGAAUUUAUCAAUUCGGAGAGGGUAAAGUUUCCUGAAUGUCUUCUUAAAUAUUGUAAUAAGCCAGGGAAAAAAUAUGCUCUUCUUGGUGAUUUAUUAGUUAAAUUUGGAUGGAAGCAUAGUAAAAUUGUUAAAGAACUGACUGAUUCUAUUUUAAAAAAAGAAGAGGAGACUAAAUCUUUGGAGAAUGAAAAAAGAAAAGAAAUAGAAAAAAUUAUUGAAUCAAAGGAAUUUAAUGAUGAAUUGGAAAAAAGAUUACUAGCAUUUAAAUAA